UCUGGGUUCUGGCGUCAGAAAAGUAUAUGACUGAACUGGAGACAAUGGCAUUUGCAUAGUGGAGCUCCCAGUAGUAGACUUGUGGUAGCAUAGAAGCGCGGUAAUACAAGGAGAAGUUAGAGGAAAGGAUGGCGUACGCAGGAGUGCUCGGUGCACCAGGAGGUCCAGGGCUGGCAGGGUUGUCGACGUCGGCCACGACAACAACAACGCGGCAGGUGAAGCUGGACAAAGAGAGCGAACUAAGGGUCGAGGUCGGCAUCGAAACUCCUCUUCGUCUCCGGCUCCUCACCGGCAACGCUGAAAUUUUUGGCACUGAACUUCCUCCUGAAAUUUGGCUCUGCUUCCCUCCAAGGCACAAGUUUGCUGUUUUUACUUGGUAUGGUGCCACGAUUGAAAUGGAUGGGACCACUGAAACUGAUUACACUGCAGAUGAGACACCUAUGGUUAGCUAUGUAAAUGUUCAUGCUGUACUGGAUGGGCGACGGAAUCGUGCUAAAAUGUCCUCAACCACUGAUCCCAAUACUUCUCAGGGUCCCAGGGUGAUUGUGGUAGGACCUACAGAUUCUGGAAAGAGUACAUUGUCAGCAAUGCUUCUUAGCUGGGCAGCUAAACAGGGUUGGAAACCUACUUUUGUGGAUUUGGAUAUUGGUCAGGGAUUCAUAACAAUUCCUGGUUGUAUUGCUGCAACUCCAAUUGAAAUGCCAAUAGAUCCAGUUGAAGGAAUUCCUCUUGAUAUGCCCCUUGUUUACUUUUUUGGGCACACAACACCCAGUGCCAAUGCAGAUUUAUACAAAGUGCUUGUAAAGGAGCUUUCUCGAACCCUUGAGAGGCAAUUUGCUGGCAAUGCCGAAUCUCGAGCUGCAGGCAUGGUGAUCAAUACCAUGGGUUGGAUAGAAGGUGUUGGUUAUGAGUUGCUUCUUCAUGCAAUCGAUGCAUUCAAUGCCAAUGUAAUUUUGGUUUUAGGUCAGGAGAAACUUUGCAGCAUGCUUAAAGAUGUACUAAAGAACAAGCCUAAUGUGGAUGUUGUGAAACUUCAAAAGUCAGGUGGUGUUGUAUCUAGGAAUGCAAAGGUCCGUCAGAAGGCCAGGAGCUACAGGAUAAGGGAAUAUUUUUAUGGCCUUACGAACGAUCUUUCCCCGCAUUCAAACAUUGCAAAUUUCAGUGAUUUGUUCAUCUAUAAGAUUGGUGGUGGGCCACAGGCACCACGUUCAGCUCUACCAAUUGGUGCGGAGCCUGCAGCAGAUCCUACACGAUUAGUUUCUGUGAAUAUCAAUCGGGACCUGCUACAUUUAGUUCUUGCUGUUUCAUUUGCUAAAGAACCUGAUCAAAUAAUCUCUAGCAAUAUUGCUGGGUUUAUCUAUAUCACAGAUAUUGACAUCCAGAGGAAAAAAGUUACAUACCUUGCCCCAUCCGCUGGAGAACUUCCAGGCAAAUUCUUAAUAGUUGGAAGUUUGACAUGGCUUGAGACAUGAAGCUUUUGAAAACAGUUCAGAACCAAUUUUUUUCAGGUCAUGACCCUGGUGUGGAUGUUGUCAUUUGUUAUGAGAGUUGAUGAUCACCACCUGUAUUUUGGCAAUCAGUAUUUCCCUCUCUGUGUUGAUUAUGUACAAAGCAGCCCCCACUGGGAAAGCUUUAUUUGCCUUAUGUUGUCAUAUUUGACUGCGGUGCUUUUUUUUCCCUCUCCUUGUUCCAGAUGUAUUGACGAAUAGGCCCUGCAAGUUUCCUUAACAUCCACCAACCUAAUUACCUAAACUUGUCUUUUUGGUUCCUUGGUGAUUUAUUUUGGCUCAUAAUUUUAGAGUGACCAUCUUACUUUAUCUGUAAAUAUUACCUGUUAUGAUUUUUGGUUUUCAUUUUUAUUAAUUGUCUAUAUACUUUCACAACUUUUGCAUAAACCACUUACGUAGCAGGCAAUGUAAAUGCGUGUGUUGGUAAUGAGAUGAUGUAAUUUGUCAGCCUGAAA